GUUGAUGUUAUCAAAUGAAUAUAUAACUAUAUUAUAUAAUAUAUAGCAAUAUAUAACUACAAUGCAAUAAUAAAUGCUAACUAAUGGGACUGAAGUGUUACCAUUAUAUUGUAAAGUUUUACCAAUAUAUUAAGUGUUACAAAUAAUAUUAUAUAAAAUAAUAUGAUAUUUUUUUUUGCUCAUUACACAGGAAAAUGUUAGUUUUUCUGGAUUUUUCCAGAUGAAAUUCCAGCAAAUAUUUACUGCCACCCUGUGCGCCGACACACAAACUGCAUCAUUUCCGUUCCCAAGUUUUCCUCGUCCUGGCUGACCUCAAAAUGAAACGAGUUUGUGGUUUCUGCUCAGUUAUAUUGCAGCGCAUUAUCACGUCAAAUUGCACCUCAAACCUAUAGUAAUAUAAUUAAGUUCCCUUUCUACCUCGGCUUCUAUACUAUCUCAACUCAAACGUGCGAAUGCCGGGAAUGCUUCUGAUGUGUAACGGCAAGGAAUGCGUUAAGGGUUGUGCUGUCACUGACCCUGAUGUUUUUCCAUGGAGUUAUCAGAGAGGAGUGCUGCAGAGCCGCUCUUAUCUUUGUGUUUACACGUACUUGUGCUCACUCUCAGGCCUGUGUCUUGCAGGGCGUGUGAGAUGAAAAAUUUCAGAGAGACCACCAGUGAGAAAACCACCGAUAACUCACUUGGAUCCAUAUACAGCCUGAGUCUGCUGCAUAUAGCGGGCUUUGAAAUUCAACAGAAGUAUGGGUGAAGAAAAGCUGGUGGCUUGCAUGUUGGUCACUGUGUUAAGUCUGACUGUAAUGAGGUCAGUUUAUGGUCAGCACAUGCCAGAAGAACCGUGCUCGGUCCAGAUCCUCGUCCCUGGACUCAAAGGUGACCCAGGAGAGAAAGGGGAGAAGGGAGCACCUGGGAGACCUGGGAGAGUAGGGCCACCUGGAGAGCCAGGUUCCCCUGGAGUCAAAGGCCAAAAAGGUAGCACUGGACGCUAUGGUAAGAUGGGUCCCGCUGGACUCAAAGGUAUAAAAGGUGAUAUGGGAGAUCCAGGACCCAAGGGCCCAAAUGGAGAGCCAGGCGUCCCCUGUGAGUGCGCACCCUUACGGAAAAUGAUCGGUGAAAUGGAUAUUCAAGUGGCGCAAUUAACCAAUGAGCUGAAGUUCAUUAAAAAUGCCCUGCCUUCCCCCGCAGCUGUCGCUGGCGUCAAAGAGACAGACAGCAAGGUCUAUCUGCUGGUGAAGGAGGAAAAGCGCUACAGGGACGCGGAGGUGUUCUGUCAGGGGCGAGGGGGACACCUGGCUAUGCCCAAAGACGCGGCGGCUAACAGAGCCAUCGCUGGCUACGUCACCGCAGCUGGCCUCAGUCGAGUGUACAUCGGCAUUAAUGACCUGGAGCGAGAAGGCCACUUUGUGUAUGUGGAGCGCUCACCCAUGUCCACUUUCAGCAAGUGGAGGGAGGGCGAGCCGAACAACGCUUACGGUGACGAGGACUGCGUCGAGAUGGUGUCUUCAGGAGAGUGGAUUGAUGUGGCUUGUCACGUCACUAUGUACUUCGUGUGUGAGUUUGACAAGGACACCGUAUGAGCUUCACUACCAAUCUAGAGGGUUUCGAUCCCAUUCCUCGCACCCCGCCGCUCUGCAUUUUUUGUAUGUUUCUUUUUGUUAACCCACCUGACUCUCGUUAGAAGAGGGCUCCGUGAAUGAACUGUUUUCCCAUCAACAUGGUCCCUACACGGUGUUCGUUGUCCUCUACUACCUGAGCAGGGGAAAAGUUUACUUCACUUCGGAACAUUAAUUCACAGAUUUGUGCAAUAAAUAAACGAAUAUGAUUUCACUUACGUCUCGCUAAAGACGAGUCACUCGUAUAGUUUUGAAUGGGGAAAAGCGCAAGGUUUAAAAUGGUUUAAAAGUUAAUCACAAGAAACCCCGCCUUCCAAAUAAAAUAGCCAAUCGCUGAUCUGCGAAGUUAUCCGCAUCACCGCAUCUGUCCUUAGAAGUUCCGGUUGCUAUGGAAACAGUCAGCAUUCUGAGACGUGUGAAACAACAAUUAUUGCACGGUUGUUGUUAGAUUUCAUUGGUGAUUUCAAAUAUGCAAUUUAAUCAUAAGCUUAGCGAUCCGUUCGGGAGAAUUCGAUGUUUCCCAACACAAAGAGAUAGGAGGUGCACUUGGAUGCCCGAGAGGCGUUUCAAAGAUGGCCGCCGAGUGACAUGAUUUGUCUUAAAGAGACUUUGGUCUCGCACACUUCAAUGCACUGUGAAUGGAAUGUGGAUCCAGUUGUGUGCACUUCGUAGGGCACAUACGUUCGAAUAGAAGAAACGUUUGAAGCGACAAGAGAUGCGUACAAAAUGAGCAGAGCGGUGGGGCGCGAGGACUGGAGUUGAGAAUCGCUGCUAUGGGGGAAAAGUCCAUUUAGACAUGUUUAUAACACUCUGGGUUAAUGUAAAUGCAGUACUCCUACAUUUUGUCAUCUUUGGCAACGCUGACAGCAGUGUGACAUGCAAGGCGUCACGUAAAGCCGUUUAAAACAACAUUUAAUUAUUAUGAUUAUACACAGCAGUCCCAAAGUUUAGGGUCAGUAAGGUUUUGGCUGUUUUAAGCACUCACCAAAGCUGAAUUUAUUUGAUCAGUUAGCAGCUAGCAGUUAAACGUCACUCUUUAGCGUCACAUGCUUCAGAAAUCAUUCUUACAAGCUGAAUUGCUGCUUAAGAAACAUUUCUUAUUAUCAGUAUAUGUAUCAAUGUUCAAAAGUACAGCAUUUUAUAAAAAAAGAUGAAUGUAUUCACUAUCUUGUUGUUUAAAACUGUAUAUCAAUUGAUAGACUUUAUGAAAGGUACUUUUUAAAAUGUUUCUUUUGUUUAAUCACCCUGCAGGAAUAUAUGUUAUACAGAUCUGUUAACAUGCAAACUAUUCACUAUUUACUGUUAAAUAUUCACUCUUUCUUACUACUUUCUGUUUUACCUUUCUUCCCAAUUCAGAUUUGAAUUACUUAGUUUAUUAUUAGUUUCCCGAAUAGGAUUAGCGUACUUACAGAACUAGCAAACAAGAGUAGAUUUACGUAACACAGUCUUCUAGACUGUAUGGUUGAGGUUAGAAACUAAUGGGCAGACAUUUUAUUCUCCCCAGUAAAAUGACUGAAAUGGCUGUCCCAGUUUACCAGUAGUGCAUCUUCCCAUUUAUUUAAUGCAUUAUAGGCAGAAUGGAACAGUGUCAAGGUGACGUAAGGAUCAAUAGAUGGUAUUAUAUUGUAUAUGCCCAUCAUAUUAAGUCGUUUUAUAACCUUGCCAGGUCAAUAGAUGACCGAGCGUACACACGCAUAGAAUACAGUA